AUGAUAGCGAGUGAGAGACGGUCUUCUAAUUGCCACCGAGCAGCAACGCUGCCCCCAAUCACGUUUCCAAACAUCACUUUAAGCAUCAAACUUUCCCUCCAGGUCCAACUGGCCCAAUCCAGCCGCGAGUGCGCCGAACUCACCGCCGCCCUGGAGGCCGCCCAGCACGAGCGCGCGCGCGUCGCCGCUGAGCUCAGCAAGCUGAGCGCGGACCGCGAUGACAUCAGCGCGCUGCUCGCGGCGUCGACGGGCGAGGUGGCCGCGCUCAACACGAAGCUGGCGGAAUCCGCCGGAGAGAGCGCAAUGCUGAGCGGAAAGGUCGCGAUGCUGAGCGCGGAGAUUGGGGAGCUGCGGUCCAAGCUGGCGGGGGCAUCCAACGCCAGGCUCGGCAAAGACGCGCGCAUGGCUGCCACGUCAGCACGCAGCUCAGACCUGUUCGCGAAGCUGGCGUCAGCAGACAGCCGCGUGGCGGAGCUCGAGGCGCGACUGGCGGCCGUGGCGCAGCAACUAGAGGCGGAGCGCAGCGGCCACUCCAAGAGCGUCGAGCAGCUGCAGCAGCACGUCAGGAACGUGCGCGAGAGGGCCCAGCACGUGGAGAAGGAGCUGAAGGCCAAGGAGUCGCAGCUGCAGAGCGCGCUUGACGUCAGCCGCUGGGCCGCGCAAUCGGUGGAGUCUCUCCGGGAGGAGCUGACCGCCGUGCUCAGCCGCCGGAUGCCCGACGACCCGCUCGCGUCCGGGGACCAGGAGGUCCGCGAGAUGACCGAGAAAGUCAUCGCGAUGCAGCAAAAGAUGGAGAAGGAGCUGUCGUGGCACAAGACGGCGCUCGAGAACGCGCAGCGGUACCUGGACGGCGGCGAGAAGGCGGCCGGGGAGCAGAGCGGUAUGGACGCACUGCGCAAGGACCUCGCCGAGAAAGUUUGCCAGCUCAACCCCAUCUUCACCAGGGAAGCCCAGAUGGCGGAGGCGCAGUCCCAGAUCCACUCCCUGGGGGAA